CCUCCAAGAAUUCUUUCACCUUUUCCCUUCUCUCUUCCCCUUCCAUUGUGCUCAAAUGGCAAUGAAGGAUGCCCAUCUGCGUGCAUUGUAGCACGCCAACGCAAGCUUUGUACGUCUCAUACGGGCCUCAACAUCUGAUCUGCACAAAAUGCAAAGCAUGUGGUGCAUUUGCAGAUCCAUAUGUGGAACAUGAAGCGAUUAUAGUGGUAAUCGAUUUAAUUCUCGUCAAACCAAGGGCUUAUCGACAUCUUUUGUUCAAUCGUAAAGAUGUAUUUGCUCAAGAUGAUACGAGAAAGAAAGUCAAGGAGUCACCAGCGACAACUGAAAGAAAGGCCUGGCUCUUACUUGCCCGACACUUUCUCGCUUUGCUAUUGGUCGAUGCCUAUUUGAGAUGGUUCUACCUAUGCAGAGAUCACAACACUUCUUUGCAGGAGAGCAUGUCAGGCGAUCUAAGCACCCGCUUGUUGGUUCUUUGGUCGUACUUUAAUAUCUUAUGGUCAACUUGUACAACAAUGCUUACAUUGCAUACGGUCGUGCUUCUGUGGGCAACAGUGUACCAUCGAGCUGUACGUUGGAUCGCACAGCGACAGACAGACUCAUCAAGAAGCAAGAUUGAUCAAAAUGAGUUACAACGCUUCAAGAUGCAUUUGAUACCCAAUGCAUUACUUCUCUCAAGUUUGACACCUACCUUUUUGCUCUGUCUUUUGUUACUUUGGCAACCUCUCUCACAUUCUUCCGAAGAUCAAAAGCAACCAGGGGAAUGGCAAUGGAACGAAGCAAGUAUCGAUUGGGCAAUCCGAAGUUUGGUAAGCGGUUUGAGUGCUGGCGUUGGCUUGGGGGUUGUCUUGCCAUUACAAAGAACAAAAGUGGGUGCAUUGAUGGCCACCACAAUCCUGAUGAUCGGAUGGUACUUGCAAUUCGUUGUAAGUCAAAAGCUUGGAAUGCCUUUCCAUAGCGGCGUUGGCGUACUGCAAAGUGAUGAAGGGCAGAUAGCUGCAAAGCUGUAUUGUCUUGCGAACUGAUCAUUCGCCUAUACCCGAUCAUAUCAAUCAAUCAUUUAUGAUUCUCAUUGCGGCGGUCAUGUGUGUAUAAUACAAAUGUGUGUGCA